GAUGCUCAUUGCUCACCAAAUUUAUUCUCUCUUCUCACAAAGAAACUAAAAGUAAAACAUAAAAAGCCAUGGCUGCUCUUGCUUGUUCAAAAACCAAGCCUUUUCGAUCUAUCAGUUUGCCCAACAGAUCACACCCCACAACUCAGAGAGUUGAAGAGGUACUGAAUAAGCUUAAUGGAUUGGAGACAUCAGUUGCACCAACAUGGGAGACAAUUUGUAAUAGUUUGCUCGGGUUGGAGGAGUUACAGAAGUGCACGGAUGAUCUUCUUAAACUGCCUCAAACCUUUCGGAUCAUAUCCCAAUGCCAACAUGUUAAAUGGUUUGAGGAGUUAUUGGGAAACUCGGUUAGGAUUCUUGAUAUUUGUGGCACUAUAAAGGAAUUCGUCUCUCAGUAUAAGGAAAAUGUAAGAGCUCUUCAAUCUUCACUCAGAAGACGAAAAGGAGAUUCAAGUGCAGAAGCUGGAAUUGCAAGAUUCACCAGUUUCAGCAAGAAAAUGAAGAAGGAUGCCAAAAGAUUAGUCUUGUCCUUGAAGCAAUUAGUGGAUUGUGAGACUCUCACCGCAACAAUAUUCGUGGAAGCAGAUCAGGAGACAAUAGCUGUGAUUAGAGCACUAAGGGAAGCCAAUGCAGUUUGCAUUUUGAUUUUCCAAAUGCUCUUGUCCUUGUUGUCUUUGCCACUUUUGAAGCCCAAGCAGCCAAAAUGGUCAUUGGUUUCAAAACUGAUACACAACGGAAGAACAGAACAUGAAGGCCUAGAAAACAGUACGAUCUUGGAAACAAAAGUGGAGACUUUUGAGGCUCAACUUGACGACAUUGAGAAGGGAUUAGAAGGAGCAUUUAGGAGCCUGAUUAGAUCAAGAAGCUCGCUCCUGAAUGCUUUCUCCAGCUAAUCUGGAAGUUCCUACUCCAUUAACUGUAUAGUUGUU